AUGAGCGCAUUUAAGAACCCGGCAAUGACUUGUCUACGGCUGGCGACUUGUUCGCGACUUUCGACAACCGUUCGAGCGUUCAUCUUCGUCGAAGUGGCCAUUUUUGGUUUAUCCUACGUUAGUUUUGCUGCCCUUCGUCGCAGUAAAGGCAAUCGAAGAAAGGUCUUGACGUUAACGUUAUUUCACGGGAUGGAUGACUUGAUCUCACAGCUUCAUAGAUGUACUUCAAGAGAACAAACCCAGGGUGUAGUCAAAGCCGUUCAAGAUUGGAUAAGAAAACAACAGGAUCCAAAUGAAAGAUCCAAUAUCCAAAUCGACCGUUACAUGAAGCGACCCGAAAAGGAGAUCAUGAACUUGGGAAUUCUGAUGUUAGAGGAAAGCAGAAAAUGGAUGGGCGAGCCAGAAAACGAACUUCUGAAAGAUCCCGAAAUUGAGAAACUUCGAGAUGAACUACGUGAUGAUUUUUUGAAGAAAGAC